AAUUCAGCUGCUUAUGGUUUUUAUCACUUAGCCACUCCUACUUUGCUAUAUUCCUUUUGUGGAAGUGUUAACAAAGCAGUUAAGAUGAUACCUAACUGUCUGGGGGAAAGAAAGGAGAGAGAGAAAUAGUCCAAGUGACAAAACAGCAUGUUUUUUAUUUAGGGUAGAGCACAUUCCAGAGACAAAAGCAGGGUGCCAGUCCCUUAAUAGAGUUGCAGCUGGUUUCAAGCAUAAUUUGAUUUAUCAGUAUGUUUACAGACACACAAACAUACAUAUUUUGCUACUGCAAAAUCUUUUCUCUUGAAUACUUGUCAUUUUGGCUUGAUGGAAGUAAAAAUUGAUUCAUUCCCAGUUGCUUCUAUUUGAAGGUCAGUUUCUUCAGGACUUUCAGUCCAUUUCCAGAGAGGGGAGGGUAACAAAAUCUAGGUAAAAAAGAGAUUUAAUUUCUGUGUAUCUUUAAAAAAAAAUCAAUAAAAUAAACUGAGAAAUCUCUGUAAUUCUUACUAAUAUGAAAGAUUUAAAAAUUAUGAAUUUUGCAUUCUGCAAAAUAAUUUAAUUAUUUUCUGACAUCUGUGUAGUAUUUCUACCUGUUAGUGAGCCAGUCCAUUGUGGGACAACAAAGAUAACAUUUCUAUAACACAAGGCAGCAAAAAUACCCAGCCAAGCACAGUACUUCAGAAUAUGAACCAUUGUAAGAGAAUAAAAAAGAAUAUAUUCUGGAAGAUAAGUUGAAGGAUAAUCCAUUAGUAGCAGUGCACUUUUCAGUGGCCUGUGUAGGAGAAUCCAAGUUCUGCAUUUCUUGCAGGUGGAAUGGUCUGUUAUAGAUCUUGCUGUCAUUAUUGCCCCUUUUCUUUCUUGGUCCAUAGGGACAUGCAUAUACCUCAUGACUGAAGAGCAGGAAGGAUGUGGCAAACAGGGAAGUGACUCAUGAACAAGGGCAUUGCAGAGCUGCUGCUGCAACAGCAAUUACAAAUGUUUAAGGAGAUGGGAAGAGCAAGCCAGGCUGUGCUAUUAAUUUUGUGCGUGUUAAGGACUGUUAAAGCUUUUGAAAUGGAAAUUAUGCCUGCUGAGAGAAUUGUGGCACAGAUUGGAGGCACACUCAUACUCACAUGCAAUACUACUGGCUGUGCAUCACCAAGUUUUUCCUGGAGAACCCAGAUGGACAGCCCCCUUGGAGGAAAAGUCAGAAACCACAGGACAUAUUCUACAUUGACUAUGAAUCCAGUUGGUGUUGUGAAUUCUCAUUCUUAUCUUUGUACUGUCAUAUGUGGUGAGAGAGGGAAAAAGGAGAAGAGUGUCAAAGUUGAACUUUACUCUUUCCCCAGUGAUCCUAUCAUUGACAUCAGCCCAUCCUUAGUUGCUGGAGAACCAGCCCCUGUCAUCUGUAAAAUUCCUGAUGUGUAUCCUUCUCAUCACUUGGAAGUUCUCCUAAAGAAAGAUGGGCGUGUUCUUCAUGAGGAAUAUUUUUUGGAUGAUGACAGCACAAAUACAGAGACCAAAACUGUGACAUAUACAUUUCAUCCCAUGGCUGAAGAUGCUGGGAAAGAGAUUACCUGUGUGGCCAGGUUACCAAUUGCUGAUAUGGAUUUUGAACCCAAAGAAAGAACAUCUUCUCAGAAACUUAAUGUAAAUUUUGGUCCACAAAAUACUAUCAUUACUGCAUCUCCAAGCAACUCACCAAUGGAAGGAGACUCUCUGAACCUCACUUGUGUGACUCAGAGUAACCCACCAGCACAAAUAAUUUGGAGUAAAUAUUUGGCUGAAGAAAGCAUUCAGCAUCUGAUAAAAAACAAUGUUCUUUUUAUUCCCCGUGUCCAUUUCAAUGAGUCAGGACGGUACAUCUGUGAAGUAAUUAAUCUGGUAACUAAUAAAACAGAGGAAGCAACUGUGGACAUUGUUAUGCAAGGUGCUCCAGUCAUUACAAAACUCUCCAUUGAACCUUCUACAACAGUUCAGGAAGGACAAAAUGUCUCCAUACAAUGUUCUGCUGAAAGCAACCCUCCUCCCAAGAUAAUUCUAAGGAGAAAAUCUGACAAUGCGGACACAGGGACUUCUAAUGCCAGAAGUAUUUUUCUUCCAUCUGUGAUGUUCCAAAAUGGAGGAGACUAUGAAUGUGUAGCAGAAAAUAAGUAUGGGAACAGUAAAAGUGAAAUCACACUUAAUGUGAAAUAUGGACCAAAGAAUACAAUGAUCACUGUUUUCCCUGCUGCUCUUAAAGAAGGGGAAACUGUGACAAUGAAAUGUACUAGUUCUGGUAAUCCAGCUCCUGUGAUCUCCUGGAAGAAAAAGAAGGCCACCGGGGAGUUUGAGAAAAUUUCUAAAAAUGCAACUAUAACUAUACAGAACUUGAAAAGUCAAGAUCUGGGGCUUUAUGAAUGUGAAGCUUAUAAUCCAUUUGGCAAGGAAGAAAAAGCUGUGGAAUUAUAUGUUCAAGCAAGAUUGGAAGAACCAGAUCAGAUGAUCCCAUUCAUUAUUGCAUUCUCAUCUGUAGCAGCAGUAGCAGUUCCUGCAGCUGCCAUUUUGAUCUACGUGUCAAGACAAGCAAAGAUCAAUGGAUCCUACAGUCUUGUAAAAGCACUGAGGUUGAAAGUUUGAUCAUGUGAAUAUAAGUGUUUAGUUGAUAAUAAGCACUUUUAUUUAUUGCUGUGACUGGUUCUACUCUUCUGUAACAAACGAGUGACUUAAGAACAGCACUAUGUGAUAGCAAAUGGGCUUAUUUUCAUGUUCUCAUAAGUGUUUUGGUAUUUAAAUUAAAGGAAGAGCUAGAAUCCUGACCUAGAAAUUGGUAAAUCAUUUCUGUGUUGAAGCAUUCUGAACAAAGAGUUCUGUGAAGAACUAGGUUUGUACAUAGUGUAUAAUUUGUGUUAUAAAUAUGUUCAACUAAAUAUCAGUUUGUAAAACUUGUCUUAUUGCAACUGUACAGAGAAAUUUUGUUAAUUCAAAGACAUAAAUCAAUAUUGCUUGAGCUGAUCAGGUGAUUUUUAUUUUGUAUUACUCUGCAGCAUGAAUGUUUUUUAAUAUAAUUUGUCUGGUUGUGGUAAUGUUUGGAAAAUAUUCUCUUUUCACUGAUAUUGCCAUAAACUAUACCUUCAAUGAUGUUACACAAUCACUGGACUAUGCAUUUCUAACAAAUUUAAACUAAUUUUAGCCUUUGAGGGUCAUUUGCAAAACAUUUUAUUUUAAAUAUUAUUCAAAAUCUGGGGUUAUAAUCCUGUAAGUUCUAGCACUGCUAAGGCAUUCUUGCUGGCUUUAAUCAUUCUCAAUCAAUGUCAGAAUUCCGUUAUUUUGUGAUGAGCCAAAUCAGACCUUUCUUGUAAAAUACAAGGGCAUUGUAAAUAUGCUUUACAGAUUUCCACUGCAAAAUAAAACUACCAGCAGAUUUCUUUGUCUAAA